CUAUGUUAUAAGGCCAACUCAGGAAGACCAGUGAUGGAAAUUCUGGGUGUCUAAAAAUAUAGGGCAACUACGAAAGAUUUAGUGGCGGAAUUGAUUGACGCCUAGUAUUUAAGGUUGCAAACGCGUCCCCGAAGUCAGUCACGUCAGCGUCUCUCUCUCAGCCUCUCAGCCUUGCCAUGGUGGAAACUCCUUCCUGAACAACUCCCUCGCUCCCUCGCUCCCUCGCUCUCACAACAGCAUCGAUGACAGCUAUGAGGUAACAUCAGCUCAAGAUGAGCAGGAAGAAAAAGAAGACUGGAAACCAAUAGCACCAUGGCUACGAAUUACUCCGGGUUUGACGCCGACAAAGAGCUUGAGGGUCUUCCAUCAGACGCAUUCAGCUCAUCGCCCGAGCCUGAUGCGAGACCAGCAACCCCUCAGAGUCCGCCAGAGUCUCAGCUACUGCCCCGGCAACGCGUUGUAGCGCCUCUGAUGGGACUGCGCCAAACUACUCUAUUCGGUGGACGAGCAGCAGACAACCCGCUCCCGGCAUCCCAGGUCAACAAAGUCCACAGCUACCGGGUUGAUUUGCCCCCCGAAGCUCCCACACACCACUCGCUAGAUAUCGAAGCGCUCAAGACAUGGGUAUAUCCAACAAACCUCGGAGCUAUUCGCGAUUACCAGUACUCGAUUACGAAAAAUGGCCUCUUCAAUAAUACGCUCGUUGCACUUCCGACCGGUCUGGGAAAGACGUUUAUUGCAGCCACGAUCAUGCUCAACUAUUAUCGAUGGACGAAAGAUUCCCAGAUUGUCUUCAUGGCUCCAACCAAACCUCUCGUGGCGCAGCAGGUGGAUGCGUGCUUUUAUAUUGCUGGCAUUCCGAGAUCAUCAACGACUAUGCUUACGGGCGAGAUUAGUCCGGCGCUGAGAGCAGAAGAAUGGGCUUCCAAACGAGUGUUUUUCAUGACACCUCAGACACUGGAGAAUGAUUUGAGAACAGGUCUUGCCGAUCCAAAGAAGAUUGUGCUCCUAGUGGUCGACGAAGCGCAUCGAGCAACGGGCAACUACUCGUACGUCAAGGUCAUCGAGUUUAUGCGGCGUUUCACGAAGAGCUUUCGCAUUCUUGCGUUAACAGCCACCCCUGGUUCGUCCGUUGAGGCCGUUCAAGAAGUCAUCAACGGCCUCGAGAUUUCAAAGGUGGAGAUCAGGACCGAAGAGUCUAUUGACAUCCAGCAAUACGUCCACCAGCGCAACAUUGACCAAGUGAUUCUCGACCCAUCGGAAGAGAUUGUAAAGGUUCAAGAUCUUUUAUCGAGGACGUUGAAACCCCUGGUGGACCAAUUAUGCGGUCAUAAUGCGUAUUACAACCGGGAUCCUCUGUCGCUGACGCCGUUUGGAAUGUUGAAGGCUCAAGAGACCUGGCUGAAAUCGCCUGCAGGGAAAUCGGCGAACUUUGGGUUGAAAGGCAUGAUGAGAAGCCUGUUCACAGUUCUCGCCGGCGUGUCGCAUGGGAUAAAGUUGCUGAAUUUCCAUGGCGUUGGGCCCUUCUUCCAAACGAUGAAAGAUUUCCGGUCCGAAGCAGAGGAACGCGGUGCUAAACCCGGGAAAUAUAAGAAACAAAUUAUGGACAGUCCGCACUUUAAGAAGAUGAUGGAUCUGGUAAAUAUGUGGAUCAACAAGGAUGACUUCGUUGGCCAUCCAAAACUCACCUACUUAUGCGAUACUGUGUUGAAUCACUUCCUCGAUGCUGGUGACGGAAGGAGGGAAGAUGGAGCACCACCAUCCACUACGAGAAUCAUCGUCUUUUGCGAAUACCGCGGAAGUGCCGAAGAAGUGGCCCGGGUGCUGAAUAGGCAUGCGCCAAUGGUUAGGGCGUCUGUCUUCGUCGGUCAAGCGGGCACGAAGCAUUCUGAUGGCAUGAACCAAGCUAUGCAGAUUGAGACGAUCAGGAAAUUCAAAGAGGGAAUUUUCAAUGUCAUUGUUGCCACAUCUAUAGGCGAAGAAGGCCUUGAUAUUGGACAGGUUGAUCUCAUCGUCUGCUACGAUGCAUCUUCCUCCCCGAUUCGCAUGCUGCAGCGGAUGGGAAGGACGGGCAGAAAGCGGGCGGGAAACAUCGUACUACUCCUGAUGCGUGGGAAGGAGGAGGAUUCGUUCAUUAAGGCGAAAGAUAACUACGAGGCUAUGCAGCGGAUGAUCAGUGAUGGAUCUCGAUUUAAUUUCCGGUUUGAUCUGUCAACACGCAUAGUGCCCCGAGAUAUCGUGCCGGCUGUUGAUAAGAGGGACAUUGAAAUACCAGUGGAAAACACCCAAGACCCGUCGUUGCCAGAGCCGAAGCGUCGGGCGAAACGAGCACCGAAAAGGCCGCCAAAGAAAUUCAACAUGCCUGAUGAUGUUGGGACAGGCUUUCAGUCUGUAGCGGCAAUGAUGUCUGGGAAGAAAACCUCCCGAAAGAGCUCUUCAUUAGCACAAGCCGUAGAAGAAGUGGUGUCGGAAUUAUCAGAAGAUCAACGGAUGGAAAAGCCACUUCUCGAGUCGGUGUUUCUAUCUCACUCGGACAAAGUCCUGUUGCUGGAGACAUAUCAAACCAUCGCCGGCGGAUUCGAAACACUGGAUGUCAGCGUCCCGGAAUUAAAUAAGCACAUUGAGCUGCAACGAUCUUUACGGCCGACGGAGCGUGUCAAACACGGGGCCGCUUCAAAGAGGCUCGUGAAGAUGCUGCAGUCAAUGCAAGAUAUUAAUGACGAGACAUUGGGUCGCUGGGAGCGUGUACAAGACGACCCCCUCCCUCUAAGGUCCAGCCAGAACUCGAUAGACCUAUCGACCAGCCAAUCCUCCGCAGCACCACCAGACCUAUUCUCUCUCUCCGCCGAAGAAUCAGAGACCCUAACCCCACCUCGCCGCAACCGUGCAGCACCCCGACCUAAACAUCGCUCAAACGCCCGAUCUCCACUUGUAGACUCAAUCACCACCUUGUCCAGCAGCUCAGCGGCCCCGCGGUACGACGACGAUGAAGAAGACAGCGAUCUCGACGACUUCAUUGUCCGCGACGACGAGACGCCUAAGGCGCAUUCCGCGCGAGAACAGCAGACCAUUUUCUCAUCAGUCAGUCCCCUAGCGAAAGCGAGGCCGUUCUUCGAACCGACACAGUUCACGGCUACGCAGGAGUCGAUGGAUGGCGAUGAGGAGUUACCAGAUAUCAGUACGCUGGUUGGGAAGUGGGGGAGGUCGGCGGGGAGGCCUGUGGAGGUGAGGGACGAGGGGGGUGGGGGGAGGAGGAAGAGGAGGAGGGUGGUGGAGGAUAGUGAUGAUGAUAGCGAUGAGUGAUGAGGUUGGUAUCUGAUUUAAAAUGGCGUGGCGUUAUGGGAGCCGUGCAUAGGGGGAAUAGUGGUACAAUUUUUGGUAGCGAUUGUUCCUAAGAGACCUUGGGGGAGUUGGAAGGUGUAUUUACAUACUUGUAGAAUGAGAUAUCAAGUCGUAAUG